GAAGGCCGCGGUGCCCCUCAAGGCCGACCUGGCGCCCUUGGUGCCCGCGCCGCUCAUGUGGGACUCAUGACCUUAUCUGCCUCCACACCGGCGUCAUCCACCUGCUCGCCAACAUGCUCAGCCUCAUGCUCGUCGGGCUCAGGCUCGAGCAGCAGUUCGGAUUCGUGAGAGUUGGUGUCAUCUACCUCGUGUCUGGCAUCGGGGGCAGCAUGAUGUCAACUGAUAGUAGUGUGGAUGGGAGAUGGAUGCCCACAUGGAUCCGGCGUCUCCGACCUCGGCAUCCACAAGGAGGAGCGGCGACAACUCCGGACCCGUCCGUUGGUGCUGCUGAUUCUGCUUGGAUGGACAUGCUGCCUUUUCCAUGUCGGCUACAUGACAGCCAUGGUUCACACUCCAUGGACCAGGACGACCACCGGGACCUCCACGGCGAUGCUGAAGCCCUACACAUGGUCGAGCUCCAUGGAACAACUGUGCCUCGGUGUGGUGCAGCCAAGUUGGGCCACAUCAGUGCAUCAGGAACUCUGCAUGCUGAUGUCCUUUGUCUCAUCAUCUUAACUACUAUAGUAGUAGGAGUAUUUUAUAUGUUGUUCAUUUCUUGGCCAACCAGCAUGUUUGCUAAUCAUCCAUCUGCCUCAUGUUAUAUGAUCCCUACCUAGUAAAUUCAUUGUAUGCAGACUUCUGGUGUUGGUUUAGUUUA